AUGGAUGUGAAUGCCGUCACCCUCUGGACAACAGCGGGACUGGCAUUCAACCAGCAACGCCUUAUGCAACGUGCCCUUGACAUCGUCACCACUCUCGCACAAAAUACAGGUGAAGCGGUGCCCUGCGAGGGGGACCUGACACCUAGAACCGCGGUGCUAGGACUGGGGCUGCUGUUGUUCCUCGCGACGCCCGCACAGCUUCAGCAGUUGCGGAUCGAGUCCGGUUCGGUGCUGACACCCUGCCGUGAGACCCGGGGUCAGCUGCCAGGGGGCGCCCUUAGCUACGACUACACCAAGGCCUUGCUGGCGCGCGUCGAAGCCUGCGCCCUCUUCAAUCGACGAUUCAUGGCUGAGAAUCUUCCCCUUGAACUGUCAGCUCUGACCGUUACACCAAGGAUAGAAGUGCCCUCUUCGAACGAACUCAAGCGGCUCACCGAGGAACAGGCCUUCCUGCGAAUCUACCAGCUGCUCGUGGCCUACUCUUCCUUCGCCCAGCACACAGCCAACACGAGCCUAGCCCCUGGCUGUGGCCGCCCUUCCAAGAGGACCGGGGCCGCUCUACUCGGCGCCGCUCAGCGCAACGCUGACCAACUCCAAGAGCUCCGCUGCGACGUCCGACUCAGCAGCGGCGCCCACGGCAGCAAGGCACAGUUUGAGGUGGCGGACGCCAGCGCCCAGGGCCUCUUGCUGGACACGUACGCGGACUGUAGCAAGCGCCUCCUGGAGGACUACCGCGUUGCUCUCGGCAUUCAGAAGCUUCUGCACAGCGUGCGCGGCUACCUGGUCCACCUGGUGAGGCUCAAGAGUCCCUUCCAGGGUGCAGAAGUCGCCGAACUUUCAUCUGCGGUGGAAGCAUUGGAGCCAGCAGCCUAUUAG